AUGCCUUCAUGGUGGGGGAAGUCGUCAUCCAAAGAAGCAAAGAAGAAGGCAGGAAAGGAAAGUUUCAUUGACUCAUUACAUCGGAAAUUUAAAUUUUCAUCAGAAAGUAGAGUGAAUGGUAGAUCAGGAGGGUCACAAGGACAUUGCAAUGACACAAUUUCGGAAAAGGGAUGUCAAUCCCCUGUAGAAUCAAGAUCCCCUUCGCCCUCCAAAGAUGUUUCAAGAUGUCAAAGUUUUGCUGAAAGGACUAAUGCUCAACCACUUCCACUUCCUGGUCUACAUCCUGCUCAUGUUGGUCGUACAGAUUCUGGAAUUAGUAUAUCAACAAAACCAAGAUCGGAAAAAGGCUCUAAGCCAUUAUUGUUUCUACCUCUCCCGAUGCCUGGGUGCAUUGGUAGUAGGUCAAAUCCUACAGACUUAGAUGGAGAUAUGGUCACUGCUUCAGUUUUUAGUGAGAGCUCCGUUGAUAGUGAUGAUCCAGCUGACUCAUGCCAUCGUAGCCCUCAGGCCACUGACUAUGACAAUGGGAAUAGAACUGCUGCGGGAAGCCCUUCCAGUUCAAUGCAGAAGGAUCAGAUAUUCACUGUUGCCCCAAUAAAGUCAAGAGAGCCAAAAAAAUCAGCCAUUUCCUUCAGCAAUAACAUUUCCCCUACAUCACCCAAACGGAGGCCUUUAAGAAGUCAUGUGCCAAACCUACAGGUUCCUUAUCAUGGAGCAUUCUGCAGUGCUCCUGACAGCUCAAAGUCAAGUCCUUCUAGAAGUCCAAUGAGAGCAUUUGGCAAUGAGCAAGUUGUGAACACUGCUUUCUGGGCUGCUAAAACUUAUACAGAUGUCACCCUAGUUGGAUCUGGCCACUGCUCCAGUCCAGGUUCAGGUCACAAUUCUGGGCAUAAUUCAAUGGGAGGGGAUAUGUCUGGACAAUUGUUUUGGCAGCAAAGCAGAGGUAGCCCUGAGUAUUCUCCGGUACCCAGUCCCAGAAUGACAAGCCCAGGCCCAGGAUCAAGAAUUCAUAGCGGUGCUGUUACACCUAUCCAUCCUAGAGCAGGAGGGACUCCUAAUGAGACACAGACAAGCUGGGCUGAUGAUGGGAAACAACAAAGUCAUCGUUUGCCUCUUCCUCCUGUGACAAUUUCUAAUGCGUCUCCCUUUUCUCAUUCAAAUUCAGCAGCAACAUCUCCUUCUGUGCCACGAAGUCCAGGAAGGGCAGAGAACCCAGCAAGUCCUGGUUCACGCUGGAAAAAGGGAAAGCUGCUGGGUAGAGGGACAUUUGGACACGUUUAUGUUGGUUUUAAUAGUGAAAGUGGCGAAAUGUGUGCAAUGAAGGAGGUUACAUUAUUUUCUGAUGAUGCAAAGUCCAAAGAAAGUGCUAAGCAGUUAAUGCAGGAAAUUACUUUAUUGAGUCGUUUACGGCAUCCAAACAUUGUGCAAUAUUAUGGGUCUGAAUCAGUUGGUGAUAGGCUGUAUAUAUAUUUGGAGUAUGUAUCUGGCGGCUCCAUAUAUAAACUUCUCCAAGAAUAUGGGCAAUUUGGUGAUCUAGCAAUUCGUAGUUACACUCAGCAAAUCUUGUCAGGACUUGCAUAUUUACAUGCUAAAAAUACCGUCCACAGGGAUAUUAAAGGAGCAAAUAUACUUGUAGACCCAAAUGGACGUGUCAAGUUAGCAGACUUUGGGAUGGCAAAGCAUAUCACUGGCCAGUCAUGUCCUUUAUCAUUUAAGGGAAGCCCUUACUGGAUGGCACCUGAGGUUAUAAAAAACUCAAGUGGUUGUAACCUUGCUGUGGACAUAUGGAGUCUUGGGUGCACUGUUUUGGAAAUGGCUACAACAAAACCACCUUGGAGCCAGUAUGAAGGGGUUGCUGCCAUGUUUAAGAUUGGGAAUAGUAGGGAACUGCCAGCAAUUCCAGAUCACCUCUUGGAUGAUGGAAAGGAUUUCAUAAGGCAAUGCUUACAGCGAAAUCCACUCCAUCGUCCUACAGCUGCUCAGCUUUUGGAGCAUCCUUUUGUGAAAUAUGCUGCACCUUUGGAAAGGCCUAUCUUGGGUCUUGAGCCUUCUGAUCCACCCUCUGGGAUUACAAAUGGAGUGAAAGCACUGGGCAUUGGGCAAGCAAGGAAUUUCUCCAACUUGGAUUCAGAUAGGCUUGCAAUUCAUUCAUCUAGAGUUUCAAAAACUAAUAGCCAUACCAGUGAGAUCCAUAUUCCAAGGAACAUAUCAUGCCCCGUCUCACCCAUCGGAAGUCCUCUAUUGCACUCAAGGUCACCACCACACCUAAAUGGAAGAAUGUCACCUUCUCCUAUAUCUAGCCCGCGAACCACUUCAGGCUCAUCCACACCACUCACAGGUGGCAGCGGUGCCAUUCCAUUUGUUCACAUGAAACAGUCCAUCAACUUGCAAGAGGGUUUUGGAGGCAUUUCAAAGCCCAUGAAUGGUUUCUAUGUCAAUGGGCCCUCUUCCUAUCAUGAUUCAUGUCCUGACAUGUUUCGAGGGAAGCAGCCAGGGUCUCAUAUCUUCUCAGAACUGAUGCCUUGUGAGAAUGAUGUUCUGGGAAAGCAAUUUGUAAGGCCUGCCCAUGCGGAGCAGUAUGAUGGACAGUCAGUUUUGGCUGAUCGUGUGUCUCGCCAACUCCUUAAGGAUCAUGUUAAGAUGAACUUGUCUCUGGAUUUAAGUCCCAACUCUCCUUUGCCCAGCCGCACAAACGGUGUCUAA